UUAGAUUGCUCCUCCAAAACAAUUUUACGUGUGUAUUUAGUCAGUUGCAUUAUAAAUUUUGUUGGGAGUUUGUUAUCUCUUGUUAUUCUAUUAUAAUAGAUAAUCUAAUUUGACUUUAUUUUGCAAAUUACAGUUACAAUCCAAGUUAAUUGAAAGUGUCCUGAAAUGUGUUAUUCGGAACAAUAUACGCUAUCUGACGCAAUAACGGUUUGGCAACAGCGCUUCGUAUUGGAAUGAAUAUUUGCCUGAUGUAUUAGAAAAGGUCAUCGCUUGUUUGGAUUUCCACAUUUACCCCCGAUUUAUGUGGUUCAGUUCGGAAGAGGUGAAUUAAAAUUUCUCCCAUCAUAAGGUGUUUUCCACAUCAAAAUUCGCCACGGAAGCAUCCGGGUACUAGGCCCCCCGCGCCCGGUCGGAGGCAGUCGGAGGUCUACGAGCAUUGGGCGGAUCGGUGCUGGCUACAAAACUCUUGGUUGCACAAAAGCAAGCUCAAGUGCCGAUUCACCCGACGCUCGCAGCAGGCCACCGGCGAUGUCGAGAGCGGGCGGCGCACACCCGGAUGCUGACGGAGAAGAUCUGAACACCAUGUAUACAACGCUUAAUGAAUAUCUGCUGCUGGAGAACAAGUUUCAGCCGAGGCUGUGUCUGCCGGAGGACAGUGAGAAUGGAGACGUGACAACCGGCGCCAGGGACGGAGCUGCCCACGUCCUGCGCUGUCUCAAAGUAUGGUUUGAUCUGCCGGCCGAAGUGUUGGUCAACGCUAUCAAUCUGUUUGACCGUUUCCUGUCCAAGAUGAAGGUGAGGCCGUGCCACGUGCCGUGCAUAACGGUGUCCUGCAUGAACAUAGCCAUAGACGAACACGCCGAGACGGUCAAGCAGGCCAGGAACGUCACCAUCGAGGAGCUGGUACUCGUCUCCCAGUCGGCGUGUACAGCCGGCGACGUGUCACGCAUGUCGUUGGUGAUAACGAACAAGCUGGCUCUGGCCGGUCACAGGUCGAUUACUGUACUGCACUGGCUGAAGCUGUUCCGGAAGUUGGUCGCAGCUGCCAGCGACACGGUACUUCCGGAGGACGACCUCAUCAACCUGCUGGAGAUAGCUGUGUGUGACGCUCGCUGUGUCAACUCACGGACCAGUGAGUUGGCGUUGGUGCUGAUCUUCCACAAGCUAGAGCAACAGUUCGUGAAUUGGAGCCGACGUGCCUCUGAGGGCGGCCCUCCUGUCCCCGAACAAGCCUACUAUCUGUACGAGUUCGCGGCCCAGUUACAGCAGCACUGUCAUAUGUCGGACGAGUCUCUGGUGGCGACCCACCAGUUGGUCCGCGAUGUGGCGGCUCGGUACGAAGCGAGGUUGAAGGCGCCCCACAGACAGCGGCUAGUGUGGAGGCUGUCUGAACGAACUUUAAAGGUGCUCCGACCGACGGACCGUCUGACGUCAUUGUUGCCCACCAUCGAGGAACAACACCUGACGGCGGACGCUACGCCGAAGAGAAAUAGAACCGGCAGCGAGAGCGAGGAGACCUGCGACUGGCCCUGCAGCCCCGUCCUGCCAGUCUACUGUGACAACUGAACGGUACACACCACAGAUCACCAUCGCCGCCCUAGACGACCACGUUGGCUGUAUACGAACAACUGUAUCACAUCGACACCGGCUGGAUGUACAAGCUGUCAGCCUGACGUUAGGCUGGAUGUGCAUACAACUGACAGAUGACAUUGGCUGAAUAUCAACAACCGCGACAGCACCGACUUCCGUUUCACGUCUUCUCCAUACUACGUGACAUUGGCUGAAUGUCGAAGAAUCGUGAAACUGACAGAUCAAUGCUGGCUGAAUACAACAAUGACAUCUGUCACGCGCUAGCAGAAGACGUGAUAGUUAUCAAUCCAACACUGGCUGAAUGCAAGAAACCAACAGCUCGGCUGAAUACGAAGGACUCGUAAUCAUUAAUAGUAUUAAAAAAAAAAACAACCCGAUAGUUUGAAAAGCAAGAAGGUUUUACUAUUAGUUAUGUUCAUUUGUAUGUAUGUGAUAAUGAAGAGAUAGCAUCGAUAUAGUAAGCCUGUGUCUUAGAACGUGGCGCGGCAGGAUAACUUAUAAUUAGAUAAUACGCUAAUUAGAAAGUUAAUAAAUAAUUGACAGAAAAUAUGCAAAGUUUUAUUACACCGGCUAUUAUCUGAUUAUAAGUGUGAGGUGGUUAGUUCACUACGGACUGUCCGUUUCGAGUGCUAAACACCCGUACUAAGGGUUGUCGAGAAAACGCGCUCGUUAUAGUACAAAGUUUAAUAGUGAUGUCUGUGGAGCGGGACGAGUUGACGUUAAAUAUAUCAGCAAGCUUUAAUAAAAUAAUAAAAAAAUAAAUAAUAAUCACUGCCUCGUCCGCGGAAACAUGAUUACUCUAUUCCAUAUAAUAAGUUAAGUAAUAUAAUUAUUGAAGGAAAAAAAAAAUAAAAAAAAAACCACCGAAUUAAUCGUAUGUUGUAAUUUAAAUCGAUUUUUUUUCUUUUUUUUUUUUAAUAAAAUUCUUUAUUUGAAAAUAUUAUUCCGACUUGACUCCGGAUCGCCGCGUGUUUCGUUAAUUGUGUAUUUUUGUAUGCGGAAUCGUAAUUGUAGUGUUGUGUAGGACGUGUAAAUGAAAAUGUAAAAAAAAAAUAAUAUAAUUUUUUUUUAAAAAGCAUAAAAAAAAACGAUCUCAGAUUUAAUAUAAUUUUUUUUGUUUGUCUGUCUGUUUGUUUGUUCCGUGUGCAUGUAUGUUUGUAGAUGAAUAUUAAUAUAUAUAUAUGUAUAUAUUUAAGACGUCUGUUAAGUAUUUCUGUACUGAGAAUUAAUAAUUGUACUAAUGAUUAAGUACUCUCGUAUUAAUACCAUAUCAUAAUUUACUGUCACACGUACGUUUUUAUGUAUCCGUAACACGAAUAACUUGUAAGUAAACGUUGGAUCAGACCGAUAAUAUUUUACCGAUGUCUGAUUUAUAGAAUAUAUUUUUAUUAAUUCUCAGUCCGUUGUACCUUAGUCGGAUGGUUCUGUGACUUUGAACACGGUGAUACUGUCAGUUUGACGUUAUCGAAACCAAUGAAUGUAAACCAGCUCAAAAAUAAUGUAACAGUUAUAUGGAGGGACCAUCUUUUUGUUGAGCAUUUACAGUGAAUGUUAAUCUAACCUGGUGGAAUAUACAAUUGAGACUA